AUGGGCCCGGGCGGCCCAGGCCCAGGCGGCUGGGCCUUGGCGGGCCUGGGCCACUGCGGAUCGCAGAAGCUCCAAGGCUUGGAGACGAAUCUGCAGCUCUGCCUCCGGCGCUGCCAGGAGCCGACGAAGAAAGAGCCCCUUUACUUUUUUGAUAAUUUUAGAGCCCAAUAUAGCCGCGCCCCCACGGUCUGCGAAGUCUCUGCGCAGGAGCUUGCGCGCUGCUCCCACGUCUCCUUCUUGGACGCGACGGUGGUGAAAGAGGAAGGAAGCCGGGGCUUGACCUGGGGACUCUGCUGGAUCUACGCUGCGUGCCCCCAGCUCCUCAGCACUUUGCCCGGCUUUGCCACCUUUCGCAGACAGCGUCCUAACGGCAAGGCCAAGGAGCAAGUUCCCAGGCAAUCCCCCUCUGCCGGCCAAUGGGGAGCGGCAGUGGUCGCUUCGACCGCUUUCUUUUCGAGCCCGCCUAAAGAGGCGCAGUCAGUGCAGGUGACCUUGGCGCUCAGCCCCUCGCUGGCGGAGUCCGUGAGCGAAGAUCGCUUCGAGCACCGGCAGCUCUGCGUGGCGCCUCUUCGCGGAGCGAACCCGAGGCUCCUGGCGAAGGCUCCCGGGGACUGCGAAGAGGAGGAGCUGGCUCUCUUCGAGGUGAGACGAGCGGCUCCUCCCGGGCCUCGGCCUCGGAAACAGGUGGGCCCCCAUGAGUUGGUCUCCGUUCUCGUGGAGAUCUCCUGGAAAGGCUACAAGCUCUGCGCGGAAGCGGAAGAGGAGGAGAUCUCCUUGUCUCGCUGCGAAGGGCCGUUGCAGUCCUCGCUUUGGGAGCUCCAGAGGGCCGGCGAGGGCCACGAAACCCUUCCCAGCGAGCCUUGCCUCUGGCUCAAGAGCGCUGAGGGCCAGCGGGACGACAGGAGGGGCGAGCGCUACUUGGCCCUGCAGGACCAGGACUCCGAGCGGCUGCAGCUGCUCAGCGGGCUUCGGGGCGGGGGUUUCUGCUGGCACUUGGGGCAGCAGCAAACUUGGACGGAGCAGCACUUCGAGGAGCCUGCGGAGACGACGGAGAGGACGGAGAGGACGACGGCAGCGGUGGUGGUUUGGCUGAUGGCCUCGAAGAGCUACCGCUUCGCCCUGGAGAGGUUGCUCAGCUCCUUGAGGCAGGCAAAGGAGGCUGUGAGAGUGCAGGUGCGCUGGGUGCCGGACAUGAAGGACACAAGGAAGGAGGGCUUCAAGCUCAUGGGGACCGAACUCUCGCCGAGCUACAAAGUCUUCUACUUCAACUACGCCAAGUACCUCUUCCUCUUCGAGGCUUUGCUGGAAGCUGAGACGGCCGAGGAGACGCCGCUGCUGGUGGUCAUGGACUUGGACGUCCAGGUCUUUCCGGGUUGGACGAGCACUCUGCGGCGCUGCCUUGCAGAUGAUGGGCUGAAGCAGAGCGAAGAGGAAGAGGAAGACGCGGACGAGGAAGCGCCGGAAGGGCCUGCGCCUUGGCAGGCUGCGCCGUGGCAAUCGGGGGCGGACGUGUGCUUCUUGCAGCAGGCGGCUUUUGGGGACGGGCGCUUGCAGCAGGCCAACAGCGGUGUCCUGGUCUUCGGUAGCGGUAGGAAGACGAGGACGAGGAGGAGGAGGAGCUCUUCCCUGGGUCGCUUCGGCGGAUUGCUGGGUGCCUUGGUGCAGCGGCUGCAAAGCCAGGAGAUCUUGGCACGGCUGCUGCCGGAGGAAGAGCCGGUGGCCUUCGAGCAGCUGCAUUUGAACUACGUCCUGAACUUCAUCCGAAAGCGAGCGGAGGCGGAGGCGGAGCAGGCGGAGCGGGUGCCGCGGCUUCUCCGCUGGGGGAUCUACUCGCCCUUGGUGGCCUACGCCGGGAUGUUUCUGACACACGCCGUCCUCACGGACACGGUGCACCACGCCACGGCCAGCAAUGUGAAUCUGAAGGAGAAGCUCCGGUUUCUGGAAGCGGCCAAGCUCAUGUCGGAGGAUUUCAGGCAGCUCUGCCCACUGAACUUUGAGGGGAAGCUCUCUCAAAGCGGGCCUCUGGAAGAGUUCUGCUUCUACUUCACGGCCAAAGAUCCUCACUUCGGGCCUUUGCUCCCGCACCACAAGCUUUUUCAGGGCUUCUCGGAGGAGGACAACUCCAAGGUCCUCGACCAUCUCAUCUCCAGGGCGCAAGGCCGCAAGGCCUGGAUCCAGCUGAUCAUCCACUUCAACGAGCGCGCCUACAAGCGCUGGUGCAAGGCACGGCAGAACACCUCGCAGACGCUUCGACAGCUCCUGGAACUGCCAUACUGA